GCUACAUUUGCUAAGCGGAAAUGAAGAAACCAAGCUGAGGCCGAGUUUUGGCUCGAGAAAGUAGAGGUUCACAGAUACAAGGAUACGUAAUUGUACUGUGGUUCUGCAAGUAUGGCCCUUCUCCAUGCGAGGAGUUCUGGGAAUGGCGCGCAUCCUGCCGCGCGGUACUAUGCACUCCUUGUAUUUGUUAGCGCAACGUUGUUAUGGCUGUUCUUAUCGUUUAGCUGCCAUGGUGCGCCUAAGGGUGGCUGGAGUCGCGGCCUUGCGUGGCUGGCGCCGGCUGCCGACCUGUGCCGAGAGCAGCGGGCAUGGGCUGCCCUCAACAGUGACCUGGGCAUGCCCGCCCCGUCUGUCACCGGCCGCGGCUGCAGCACGCUGUCAUAUGGCGGGCAGGAAAAAGGUGUUACAGCUGAGGGAGCGAUUUGCACGCCACCGUCACCAGCGGAGGUUGAGGCGGUUCGGCGGCUGGUCGCGGCCACACCCACCAACCGCACCUUCCGCGAGGCGUGGGGCCUGCAGGUGGACAGGUCGUCGGGGCCGGCAGCCGAGUCCGACAACAACACCGCUAGCAAGGACGCACUGGAGUGGAGCUACCUGAUCACACCUGACUUCCAGGUCCGCAGCCAGAUGACGGCGCGCAUGGUGGAGAUGGAGGGCUGCGAGCACGUGGUGGAGGUUGGCGGCUACCUCACCCCCAUAGAGCGCUACCUGGUGGGGGGCAGCGGCGUGGCCCGGCUCACCAACAUAGAGCCCGGCUACAGCAGGGCGCCGCUGUCCAACGUGCUGCUGCCCGGCGGCCGCUGCGUGCGCGCCCUCAGCCUGCCGCUCACGCUGUCGGAGUACCUGGCGGCGGCGGAGUUGGCCCGGGGGAGCAGCAGCAGCACUGCUGGCGCGCUGCUGUAUGGCGGCGGCGGUGGGCCCAGCUACAGCGGGCGCCAAGAUGCUGUCUGCGUGGUGGCGCUGGGGUACUCGGUGCCACACCGGGAUGGCGACGCCGACUACGGCCUCAUGUCGGACGCGCAGUGGGUGGCGCUGGAGACCAGCACCAACUCGGUGCACAACGAGGUGGCGCUCAACCUGACGGUGGCGCUGCUGACGCAGCCGCCGGGCGCCGCCACCCACCGCCUGGUGACGGACACGCGGCUGCAGCUGCGCGACCCGCACGCCGACCAGCACCGACACGGCGACAACAGCCGGCGGCGGCUGGUGACGCUGCGGCGGGUGCUGCGGCGCGAGGAGCAGGCGGCGGCGUACCUCGCGGCGGCGGCGGCGGCCACGGGCGGGCGGCGGCACACGCCGGCGCUGUCGCAGUGGGAGGGCUCCAACGGCCAAGCGCUGUGCGCCACCGUGUCGGACUUCAGCGCGGCGCUGUGUCCCUCCCGCGCGGCCCCGCAGGACUACUGGAUCUGGAAGGCGCUGCUGGAGGCGCGGCAGUUCACGCCCUCCGUCGUUGCUGUCGAGUUCAACCCUAACUUCCCCAACACCCAGGCGGUCACGGUGCCGCGCAACGACAGCGCGGUGUGGGACGGCAGCCGCCACUACGGCGCCUCGCUGGCGGCCUUCGUGGGGCUGGCGGCGGGUCACGGCUACUGCUACUGCUACAACCUGGCCUUCACGCACGCGCUGUUUGUGCGCUGCGAGCUGCUGCACCCGCUGGACCGGGCGCUGGAGCUGCCGCCGGAGACACAGGCGCGCGGCUUCACGCUGCACAAGCCAGACCCGCUCAGCAGGUCAUGGGAGGAGGUGCAGCUGGCGUCCGAGUAGCCAAAGCGGCACCUGUUCCGGUUUGCCGCCAUAACACCGGGUUGGGACGCGGUCCCACUCACCACCCUUCCUUGCACGGGGGGGGGGUGUUGCAAGGAUGUUUGAAAAAGCGGUACAGGAUGCACUGGGGCUGUGUGCUCCUGGUGGUGCCAAGUUGUUGGAGAUCCUCGCCGCCCUCACCUUACGUGGGUUGUGGGUUUGGUUUCCGGUCGCUGGGUAAUUCUGUGGCGCAUUCGUUCCACACACGUUUGGGCAGCGGCGCUCUGCGUAGUGGGGCUGUCAGCUUCUGGCUUCGACUCACGGUGUUGUGCCCGAGAGGCCGAGACACGCUUGAUGUUGGAGACUGCUGCAUGGUUGCAAUUCUUGUGUUGGCAGUCGGCAGAUGGUACCUGCUCGUGGCAACCCUGCGGAGGCCUGUCCCUUCUUGGCAUGUCGCAUUCAAAACACCGUGCUGUUUAUACACUGGAUGAUUGGUGUCCAUUCGGCGUAUGAUCUGUGCAUAGGUGCUAACAGAAGUACAGAACGUAGCGGUAGCCCCAACGUUUUGCGUCUGUGGAGAACCUGAAGUGCUCCUGAUGCACACGGUGGCCUGAGUGCAGUGUAUUGUGGCUGUAUCAAAAUGGCAAAUGGCGGGAAUAGUAAGGGCGAUUUGGCUGGCACGCCGCACGCGUAACGGUAUAAGCUACCGCACGGGUUUAGGCUAUAGGCUAUGCGCUCUAGUUCUGAUGCGACUUCCGUGCAUGGAGUAUGGACAAUUAUCAUGCGGCAGGCUCCGGAUUUAAACAUCAUGUCCUCCAUGC